AUGUCUGCACAACCGGGACAGCCAUUCCAAACCUAUGGAUAUCAGACUUCCGUGGAUAUUGUCCAACGGGGCACGUACAAUAUAGCCCCAUUGGCUGGGAGCAAGCGACCCCCCGAUCCGUCUGCCGAGGAGGAUCACAGGGUUGUCGGGGCAAGACAUCCGCAAGACGCUCAAAGCGCAGUCGGUCGCCCGGUAGAUUUUAUCCGACCUUCCUUGGUGCUUCCCAAGGCCCGUCUGGUCGCCAGUGAGAUCUAUCCGGUGGCAGCUACGGUUCCUGGGCGCAACGGUCGGCAGCAGAACGGGCUCUCUGCCGAUCAGGAAUCUGCACAUAAUCCCCUUUUGUCGCUGCACCACCCUACUUAUGGCCUCCCCCCAGCGCUGUUGGCUAAUUUUGCAGCUGUCGGGCUCAAGAGCAUCUAUCAAUGGCAGGCCUCAUGCCUGCUAGCCCCUGGUCUCCUGCAGGGCCGUCGGCACUUGGUCUACACAGCCCCCACAGGCGGAGGGAAGUCCCUCGUCGCCGACGUGUUGAUGCUGAAGCGGAUCAUGGAGAACCCGGGACGCAAGGCAAUUCUGGUCCUCCCGUAUGUUGCGCUGGUGCAGGAAAAGCUGAAGUGGCUUAGACGUAUCGUGCAGGACGUGGAGAAGAGCGUCGCCGACACCGAUGACCAGGCAGACCAUGCGAAGCCGUAUCAUCAACGGUGGAAAAAACUGCAACGAUCGAUCCGUGUCACUGGGUACUUUGGCGGGAGUAGGACGGCCGCGUCCUGGGCUGACACGGACAUUGCGGUUUGCACAAUUGAAAAGGCAAAUUCGUUAAUCAACACCACCAUUGAAGAAUGCAGCAUUGGUGACUUGGGCGUGGUCGUACUGGACGAGCUGCACAUGCUCGACGAUGAGCACCGUGGUUAUCUUUUGGAGCUGAUGGUUACAAAGCUACUCUUGCUGCGACAGGAUAUUCAGAUCAUUGGCAUGAGUGCCACGCUGUCGAAUACAGAGAUGCUGGCUGAGUGGAUGAAAGCCGUUUAUUUUAUCUCGACCUAUCGCCCUGUCCCAAUUGACGAUUACCUUGUUUACGAGAAUGCAAUAUACCCCGCAGCAACAUCGAGGCAACUUUUCCAGACCAUCUCUCGAUUGAAGUCGAUGACGAAUACUUCCCUGAUGGACAGCAUGCCCCCUCAUCGUAUGAUUCGCCUUUCGAAUUUCCGGGAACUUGCGAACCCUAUGACGAAUGCGACGGUGGCUCUGGCGAUCGACACUGCCGCUGCUGGAUAUGGCGCCCUGGUGUUCUGUGGCAGCCGUCAGGCGUGCCAAAUCCAGGCUGGUAUUAUCAGCGAAGCAAUGCCAGCUCCCUCGGAAGAAACAGAUGAGCUUAGCAAACGACUGGACCUCCUGGCUGAGCUAAGAAGUCUACCAAGUGGUCUAGAUCCGGUUCUGGAGAACACGGUUCCUAGAGGCGUGGGGUUUCAUCAUGCGGGAAUGACAACGGAAGAGCGUGAAUUGAUAGCACAGGCUUAUGACGAGGGGAUUAUAAGGGUACUCAUUGCCACAUGCAGUCUUGCUGCUGGUGUCAAUCUUCCUGCCCGAAGAGUCAUCAUAAACGGGGCGCGCAUGGGCCGGGAACUUGUUGGGCCGGCGAUGCUGCGACAAAUGUGUGGCCGGGCUGGCCGCAAAGGUAAAGACGAGGCAGGCGAGACAUACCUCAUUUGUGGAAAUAGUGACCUACAAUCUGUUUGUGAUCUUUUGGAAGCCGAUAUGCCGGCCAUUGAAAGCUGUCUAGCUCCAGAGAAGAGAGGACUCAAGAGAGCUCUUUUAGAGGCCAUUGCAACCGGCCUUGUGUCUGGUACUGAUGCGAUCAAGGAAUACGUCAAAUGUACCCUGCUAUACUUGACGGUGGAGAAGAAAAUUGUCUACAGUAUCAUGCGCUCCGCGCUCCAAGAACUGAUCACCGAGGGACUCUUACACUUGAAUGACGACGAGUCAUACUCACCGACGCAACUGGGACAAGCCGUAGUGGCUUCCGCGUUUGCGCCCGAAGAUGGGUUGUUUGUACACGAAGAGCUGAAACGAGCGCUACAAGCUUUCGUCUUGGACGGGGACAUGCACAUAUUCUACAUGUUCACGCCUAUUCAAGCGGCGGCUGGUACGCCGAUUGACUGGCCGAUCUUUCGCGAUCAGCUAGACAAUCUUGAUGAAAGUGGCCUGCGUGCCCUGCAGUUUGUUGGCGUCCAGCCCGGCUUUGUAAAUUCAAUGGUGCAAAGUGGUGCGUCGCUUAAAGAGAACACCCCAGAACAGGUUAAGCAGGCUAGGAUCUACCGCAGAGCCUAUACAGCAUUCCAACUCCGGGACCUGAGUAAUGAGGUGCCGCUGGCAACAAUUGCUAGUCGCUACAGGAUCCCACGAGGAACUGUCCAGACUUUGGCGCAGCAAUGCCAUGGCUUUGCUGCUGGCAUAGUAAAGUUUUGCCAGCGCAUGGACUGGGGCAUGCUUGCGGCAGUUCUCGAUCAUAUGCGCGAUCGACUGGAAGCCGGAGCUCGCGCUGAUCUGCUGGAAAUGGCGCAGGUGACCUAUGUCAAAGGCUGGACGGCUCGAUUGCUUCGAGAGAAUGGGUUCCGCAAUCUGCGCGCGCUAGCAGAGGCUGACGCGAAGGAUCUUGUGCCCAUACUCAUGAUGGUAAACCCACGCAAAGCACAGAAGAGCCAACUGCACCCCACCGAGGCUGAGCGGUAUGCAAAGAAGCUGUUGGCAAAGGCAGAGGUCAUUGUUGCAUCAGCGAACAAAAUCUGGGGUGCGUAUGACUGA